CCGAAACCGGAUGUAAGGCAUGCUACCUUCAGAUGGGCUUUAAGGAAAUGUGGGUCUUCUGCUGACAAACAAUAGCUCUCUUGCAAAUCGCAUUAGCGCAAAUCAUUUUUAUUGCGUUUCAGGAGGCGGUCGAAGUAAGCAGGGUUUGUUAACAAAGUCAUUUAACCCCACUGAAGGCCAGACAGCUGCGAAGAAAUACAUCUGUCUACUGCCAGGCUCCCGGGUGAAUCAUUUUCAGGUCUGUAGUAUUGGCUGAAGGACCUUGUAAACGCGGCUUGUGAAAGGAUCCGGCGUGGUUGGUCUUACUGUAUAGCGAGGAGCUUUCUCAGCUCUCCAGGCUCCUCAGCCAUGGCUGCGCUUGCCUAUCUGAAGAGCCUGUUCAUUCUGCAGUUGCUAAUGGGCUUUGUGUUUGUGGUGAGUGGUCUCAUCAUAAACUUUAUUCAGCUCUGCACCUGCGUCCUCUGGCCAAUCAACAAGCAGCUCUAUCGCAGAAUCAACUGCAGACUCUCCUACUCCCUCUGGAGUCAGCUGGUGAUGCUGCUAGAAUGGUGGUCAGGCACAGACUGCACCCUCUACACCGACCAGGCUACUGUGGACAAGUUUGGCAAAGAGCAUGUCAUUGUCAUCCUCAACCAUAAUUUCGAGAUUGACUUCCUGUGUGGCUGGACCAUGUGUGAAAGAUUUGGUAUUCUAGGGAGUUCAAAAGUGCUAGCCAAGCAUGAGCUUCUGAAAGUUCCUCUGAUUGGCUGGACCUGGUACUUCUUAGAGAUAGUGUUCUGCAAAAGAAAGUGGGAGGAGGACCGGAAGACUGUCUUCAAAGGACUAACCCGGCUCAAAGAUUAUCCUGAAUGUAUGUGGUUUCUGUUGUAUUGUGAGGGGACCCGCUUUACAGAGACCAAGCACCAAAUCAGCAUGCAGGUUGCAGAGAGCAAAGGCCUGCCCAAGCUUAAAUACCACCUGCUCCCCCGAACCAAAGGAUUCACCACCACUCUUGCGUGUCUUAAGGGCACAGUUGCUGCUGUGUAUGAUGUGACUCUCAACUUCAAAGACAACCAAACUCCUACUCUCCUGGGCAUAGUCAAUGGCAAGCAAUACAAAGCGGACAUGAGUGUAAGGCGGUUCCCUGUGGAAGAUAUACCAGAUGAUGAGCAAGAGUGUGCACACUGGCUGCAUAAGCUGUACCAGGAGAAGGAUGCUUUGCAGGAAACGUACAACAAGGAAGGCAAGUUCCCCGGGCCCACGAUUAUCCCCCACCGCAGACUUUGGACGCUGCUGAAUUUCUUAUUUUGGGCCACCCUUCUCCUUUCACCCCUCAUCAACUUUGCAUGUGGAGUCAUAGUUAGCGGCUCCCCUCUCCUGAUCAUCGGCUUUAUCAUCUUUCUCUUCAUUGCCUCUAUAGCUAUCCGCCGACUCAUAGGAGUCACAGAGGUGAAGAAGACAGGUUCCAGUUACGGCAACCCGGAGGCCAAGAAACAAAACUAAUGUGCUUCAUCCCCCCAAUUAUGUACGAUCAUCCUGCCCAACUCUGUUGUCCUCUCACUGUUGAGUCAAUUGGCAGGCUACUGAAGACAUCCAGCUGUGAAAACAAAAAAAAAGACCAGAAUUAGAGAACAUAAUUGCACUAGAAUGAAAGAGAGCAUGGAAGGUCUUGGGGUCAAGCUUUCUGGUGCAACACAGAACAGGGGAGACUGCAAUACUGUUUUUCCCCUGGACCUUUCUUAAUCUUGCUAGUGGCUCACUGUCCCCAUUCAAGUCCCGUUAAAUCCUGGAAAGACCUAUGGUUAGGCCUGAGGUCACAUGGACAGCCAGGCAGUCCAUUAUCUGCUCUGCGCUACCUACCUCCACUUUCUGUCACAGUCAUAAGCCAUUCAGAGACUUGUGACAUGCACAUUCAUUUUGCCUGCAGGACACAAGCCAAUUCAUAUUUAUCUUUCAAACCAUAACCUCCAUCCAGGGGCAGUGCUUUCUGUAACCACAACCUGUUACAUGCAGGACACCUAGCUUCCUUUUGUUCCUCUAUUGGGACUUGUAUAUGGGAUAUGGUGUCAUCCUUGAAUCCUUAAAAUUACAGGGUAAGGUCACCCAAAUCACACAACAGUUACCAUUCAAUGCCUUGGCAACUAGCCCGGCAGUUUGCAGUCCCGGGAUCUAAAAGGCACCACUGACACUCCAAUAAAAAGUAGGGCGAUGAAAUGUUUAGCAUGGUACUCAAGUCAUUGUAGCAACACAUUUGAAAAAUGAACAGCAGUUUGUCUUUUAGGAAACUGUCUCAAGAUAAUUUCAGUUUUCAUUGGUUACUAUAUGGCGAUUUGAAAAAACAUUUGGAGCUAACCACACUGGUUUAAUUUAGUUACUCAAGUUUGAAGCACGUCAUGAGUGGAAGGAGAAGUAUCAUUUCAGCACUACUUGUUUACUUCAAUUGUAACGUUUCAGAAGCAGAGGUCUAAAGCCAGAGAUCUCAGGACAAUUUCUAAAGCAGAUAUUGCAAAGGUGAAGUAGACUAUUUUUAAUUUAUCAGAUCUUGCAAUCUUGGUAAGUACAACUAAACCCCUUUUACUUUACAUGUUGGAGAGUCAGGAGUCUGUUAAACUAGUGUCAGUGCUUAGACUGGGAUGACUGCCCUUAUCAAGGAUACCUACCAUCUUGUUACAGCAGCACAAGCACCCACAGACUUACAUCAACACAUUUCAAUUUUAUUUAUCAUUUCGCUUCUAAUUUCACACGCCGUAUCCCAAAUCUAAAUUUCAUACGUGCAUUUUUUGACCCCUUGACAUGAUGUUAAUUUAACACAUAAGUCCAAUUCAUACACUGAAGCAGUUCAACCUACCACUCACCCUCUGAUACAAGUUAUAAUGCAGCAGACAUGACUCAUCAUGUUACUGUCCUGCAUCCAUAGUUUAAAGGAGGUUGGCCAGACACACACACACACACACACACACACACACACACACACACACACACACACACACACACACACACACACACACACACACACACACACACUGUUUUUAUGUAGCCUUCCAAAAAGUUAGCAUAUCCUUUGCUGUCCAGAUUUUGACUGUAGAAUUGAUGUUUAACCUUCGCCUUAAAUCAAGCUUGCUCAGGCAAGGGAUUAUUUGCCACCCCUUUAAGAACAGCACCUACUUCUUACCUCUUAGUUCUGAAUCUCUGUUCUCUCCACAUAGCGCAGAAUGGAAAAUAAUGCAUUCGAUGGGUCGAUACACUUUAAAAACAAUUUGUUGAGCCUGUUUUCAAUCUUUAAGGUGGCCCGGUAUCUUUUGUUGAUGUUGUUGUUGUCAUAAGGGUUGUUCUAACACACUGAUCUAAGAAUCUGUCAUCCCAGAGUUGCUUUCUUGAAACCCUGACAAAAAAAAACUCUGACUCCUGAUGUCCAUGAGUACAUGAUUUCCACAUCUCCUGGUCCCUAAUGCAAACAAUAGUAGCAAGACAUGGAGGGGAUAUUCUGUCCUGCUCUCUUUUCUUUUCUUCCAUGCCAUAUAUUGUAUUAAUCAUACAUUUGUUGCAAUAGUUUAAUCUUUUUUGGGGGAUCAUCACCCUCUGCAGCAAUAUUUUGUGUACGUCCUCCUAGAGUUUUCUCUGGAUAGACAGAUUUCAUGCAAGCCUUAAUAGACAGUGCUGCUUAAUUUUUGUGUGAAAAUGUAGAAGCCCACUGAGCCCAUGUGGUAGUGAAGGAAUGAACAUGUCCUCUGCUUUAGCAAGCAAGUUGCUGGGAUUAGUCGCCAAGUAUCUUCUUUUAAAGUUUUAAUAUUAAGAACUGAAUAAAAUACAAUAAAAGAUUUAGUCUGCUCUAAUGUACAGAGAGCUCUAUUUGUAAUUAAUUUCAAUUUUAUACAAAAAGAUGCUUGGAGUUGCUUUACCUCAAAAGAUGUGCUAAGAUGUAGUACCUGUUCAAUGUUUGGGUUUUUUUUCUUCUUUUUUUUGACCCCACCAUUCAGCAUCAGAUAUGAAUGCAGUCCAACCCAUUCUGGCAUUCAGGAUAAAAAACACGUCAAAAUCAGAGAGUGCAGAGGAAAUCAGACAAAUAUUUGACAACUUUUUACACUGGUUGAAAUAUGUGCUAACUUGUUUGUUUUUCAAAUCAAAUGACAUCAAAAUUUACUCCUUUUAUAAAAUCUCAAAGAUUAUUAAGUGAAUGGCACCUCUUGAGUCAGCUUUGUUUUGUUUUCUAAGGCUAUUUUUAUGUUUUCUUCAACUAAACACUUGAGAUUAUUAAAGGAUUUAAUCACAAA